GGGGAGUGUCCGUGAGGCUACAGCUCUGGAAGCCCGAGCCAGAGGGAAAUAAACGCCGGCGCUGACAUGGGCCGCAUGCCCUGGCGCCGCGCGGAGCCCACUCAGCGGAGAGCGCAGCGGUGCAUGCCCGGCGCUCGCGUCUCUGGGGACCCAGCCCUUUGAGCUUUUCCUCAUCGUCCCUCCACCUGCCAGCCUUCAGAUUGGACCCCAGGACUGCCUGCUGCCUCUGGAGGGCCUGCCUCCCCUCCUGUGGGCAAGAUGCCCAUCCUCAAGCAGCUGGUGUCCAGCUCGGUGCACUCUAAGCGCCGUUCUCGCGUGGACCUCACGGCCGAGAUGAUCAGUGCCCCGCUGGGUGACUUCCGCCACACCAUGCACGUGGGCCGGGCCGGGGAUGCCUUUGGGGACACCUCCUUCCUCAACAGCAAGGCUGGCGAGCUGGAUGGUGAGUCCCUGGACCAGCAGGCCGCCUCCUCGUCCUCCAAACGCAGCCUCCUGUCCCGGAAGUUUCGGGGCAGCAAGCGGUCGCAGUCAGUGACCAGGGGGGACCGGGAGCAGAGGGACAUGCUGGGCUCCCUGCGGGACUCAGCCCUGUUCGUCAAGAAUGCCAUGUCCCUGCCCCAGCUGAACGAGAAGGAGGCUGCAGAGAAGGGCUCCAGCAAGCUGCCCAAGAGCCUGUCGUCCAGCCCUGUGAAGAAGGCACAUGCCGGGGAAGGUGACCAAGAGGCGGCGGGCACGGAGGAGGUGCCCCGGCGGAAUGGGGCCACCGCCCUCAACUCCCGCGACCCCCUCCUUGAGGAGCAGGCCUUUGGGGACCUGACGGAUCUUCCCGUCGUGCCCAAGGCCAGCUUUGGGCUGAAGCAUGCAGAGUCCAUCAUGUCCUUCCACAUCGACCUGGGACCCUCCAUGCUGGGUGACGUGCUCAGCAUCAUGGACAAGGAGGAAUGGGAACCGGAGGAGGAGGCUGGCGGUUACCGUGGCGACGAGGACCCAGGCAUGGCUCCCCCUUCGGGGGCAGCGGCCCUUCCCCUGGCCAGGCAGGACGACAAGGGUGGCCGGGACUCACCCCCACUGCCCUCACACGCUCCUCCACAGGACGAGGGCUGGGCCGCGGUGGCCCCCAGCCCCGGCUCUGCCCGAAGUGUGGGCAGCCACACCACGAGGGACAGCAGCUCCCUGUCCAGCUGCACUUCGGGCGUCCUGGAGGAGCGCAGCCCUGCCUUCCGGGGGCCGGACAGGGCCCGGGUCACUCUCUCCAGGCAGCCGGACAAGGAGUUCUCCUUCAUGGACGAGGAGGAGGAGGACGAGAUCCGAGUGUGAGGCAGGAGGAGGUGGGGGCUCCAUGCUCUUGGCCUCGUCUCCCUGCCCCCCGCCCACCACCACUUUCCCGUCCCCCUUCCCGUCCAGGGGCAGCCAAGAGCCUGGCUCCAGCCACAGACCCAGGACCUCAUGGAUGAAGGGCACUGGCUGAGCCUGGGGGGGCCUGUAGAGGACUUGGGGGAGCUGGCCUGGGUGCCGACUGGUGCCUGACUUUGUCACACACCCUGACCUGCCCAGCUCUGUAGGAUGGGGUGUUCUCCCAGCAGGAACCAGUUUCCUUUUCUCCACCCGAGCCGCAAAUGGAUGCCAGAUGUCAACCUGAGUUCCUGCCUGGUCUCAUGCAUCAAUAGCAGGUCAGCGCAGGGGGGUCGGCCUCGGUGCCAGGGCUAAGGACACCCAGUUCUUCUUUUCUCGCCUGGCAUGUCUGCUGUGACGGGGGGGUAAAUGGGUGCGACAGGAAGGAGGUGGUCACACGGCCCCUCCCACCCCCCUACCCCCCGCCUGGCUCCUGCACCUGAAGCCCUUUGGAGUAAAGCUGGACAGAAUGUGUACACUAAAUGCGGCCCCUUCCGGGAGAGAGAACAGGAUGGGGAGCGGAAGGAAGGCCCCUGGGCUUCGUGAAUUUUCAAGAGGGGGCUCUUCCAGGAUGACACUAGGGACAGGCCGUAGCAGUCCCUCAGCCCCUAUGGGUUUGUUUGUUUUUUCUUGUUAUGUUUAAAUCCUUCUCGAGCAAUAUAGGGAACAGUGUUCGUCCGUCUGCCACCAGAAGGAACAGCGAAUCCUUUUAGAGAUCCUUUAUACUCAGUGCUUCCAAACUUUAUUUAGAAUUGUAUGGGGUGGGUGUCUGCGUGUGUAUGUGCCCCCCCCACACACACACAACUCCAUAGCUACUAACAGCUGAAGGCGGCCAGUGUAGAAUAUUUCUAGAGAAUGACUUUUUCAAAAGUAAUAUAUCAUUCCUAUGGAGGAUGAAAGCUU